UAUUCCCUCAGUGCCACGUCACAAUCGCACACUCCUUUUUUCUAAGCUUAUAAAUACCUCCUUCCAAGUCCCGCACACAAAUGAAUUCACUAGUUUUUCAAUAUAUACCAAUAAUAAUGGAUCCUGGAAGUCAACCCUCAUCUUCAACCACCAACAAGAUUGAAAGAAGGCUCAUUGAGAAAAACAGAAGGAACCACAUGAAGAUGCUUUACUCCAAACUCAACUCUCUUCUCCCUAACUAUAACCCCAAGGAAGCGUUGCCACUUCCGGAUCAAGUGGACGAAGCUAUAAACUACAUAAAGAACUUAGAGGAGAAGGUGAAGACAGCCAAGGAGAAGAAAGACGGCUUAUUGAAAAGAAUGGGAAGGAAAAGGACACGUGGCGGUGGCCGCGAUGGUAGUGGUUGCAGCAACACAAAACCGCCACAACUUGAGGUUCAUGAAACUGGUUCAUGUCUUGAAAUUGUAAUGACAUGUGGCUUAGAAAACCAGUUCAUAUUCUAUGAGAUAAUUCGCAUACUCAAUGAAGAGAACAUCGAUGUUAAGAGUGCUAAUUCCUCACUCCUCGGAGAUUCUAUGAUCCAUGUUCUCCAUGCAGAGAUUCCUCCGCUAUUGAUUCAAUUUGGGGCGACUAAAGUGAGUGAGAGAUUGAAAAGGUUUGUGAAUGGAUCAGCCAGUGAUAUUGAAUUAUUGCAACCAGAGUUCUGGGAUUUUGAGAUUGACACUGAUAUCUGGAGCUUCUAGAUCUCUUGCAAAUUCAAAUAUGCAAGGAUUUAGUACCUAUAUCUAGAUGCUAUGUAAAACAUGCUUACAUAACCAUGAGCUUUUCAUACCAAUAAUAAUAAUAGAGGUAUCUUUAAUUUCCUGACAAAAAAUGACUUAAUAAUAAACAGC